AUGUUCGGCACGGACAGCUAUGAUUUCCCUAUCGACUUCAACCAGAUGCCUGCUGCUGGUGGUUAUAGCCUGGACAGCAGAGGCGUUGGGGGUCAGCGAGCCGUUGCGAAGGCGAAGACAGCUUCGUCAAAGCCAAAUGCCAAGCCAAAGGUGCAGGCUUCGGCAGCAAUGGCAACGACUGCAGCAAAGUCUGCAGGUGCCGCCGUGCGAAGGACAGCACUGGGAGGUGGACUUGACGACCUGAGCAGGUUUGGCAUUGGCAGCGCUGCCAGCGCACGGGCCACUCCGAAUCCAAAGCGUGAUGCGAUGGACUUCCAGAAAUUUCUGGAGGCCAGCGACAGCGAUGAGGAGUUGCCGCAAAAAACGACCCCAGCUCGUGCCACACCCGCCACACCCCCGCAACCUUCCAAAGCAUCUGAAUCAGAGUCGGCCAGCCCCCCAAGCUCACCGGCAUCCAAACCCGCAGUUAUCACCAGAUCUCCUGCCAAAGUUGCACAAUUUGGUGGCGGGAAGCCAGCUGCCGCCUUGCCCCCCAAGCCCCUUAACGACCCCUCCGACUCUCCGUCGCCGAAUUCACCGGCUAGCCCACGCAGCCGCAGUGGCAGCCGCAGUGGCAGCCGCAGCGGCAGCCGCAGCGGCAGCCGCAGUGGCAGUCCAGUGGCACGGCGGCGCUCAGCCUCUCGUUCCUCGUCGCGCCCCUCCGCAUCUGCGAGGUCUGCGAGGUCGCGCUCUCCCUCCCAGUCCGCCGCAAGAUCGCAAUCGCCACGAUCGCCAUCCCAUUCCCGCUCACUCCGCUCACCCCAUUCACACUCUCCAACUUCACGGCCGCCCGAGUCGAGGUCUCGCUCACCUUCUCCGGCUCCCGUAUCAACAGAGAGUCAGAGUGCAUCCUCCAGAUCUCCAGAACCUGGCAGCGUGUUCGGCAACGUCCGGCAAAUGAGCGACUUGCUUCCCACCAAAGAAACGGCACAGAACGCCCAGCCUGGUGGAGCGCAGAGAGGCCCUGCAUCCCUCGGUGGCCAGGCAACAAUAAAGCCGGGACCGCUGGAGAGCACCACUGCAAAGCGGCGGCCCUCGAUGCACUACGAAGAGGACUUCGAGGCUUCAAGCACUGGCAGUGCCUUGGGCGGUGCGUGGGUCCAGACGCCUCGGGCAGGAGCCGCAGGGAUGCCUGCCUCGACCGCAGCUUCCGCUCCGAAAGAAACGGUAGCCUCAGCAGCCUCAGCAGUCACAACCUCCGCUGUGGGUACAACCUCCGCCGUCGGCACAACCUCUGCCGUGGGCACAACCUCCGCCGUGGGUACAACCUCCGCCGCGGGUACAACCUCUGCCGUGGGCAGAACCUCUGCCGUGGGCGCACACACUGCCGUGGGCGCAACCUCCGCCGUGGGCAUAACCUCCAUCGCGGGCACAACCCCAGCCGUGGCCACAGCUCCAGUGACGAUUGCUGCUGCUCCUAGCGAGAGAGCCCCACUGGUUGCGGCUGCGCCUACCUCCACGGCCUCGUUCGUGAGGACAGAGCCGAAGAGUCAGGCUGAGCAGGAACCUUUGGUCGUGCACGAUGCAGGCCCAAGUCCAGGCUUGCUCAGAGACCGUGCUCCUCCAGUCAGGUGUUCGAUGCGGGACGCGGAAGUUCAGGCCAGUGUACCUGUUGAUGUUGGAGUUCAGUGCGACUUGCUCGUCGAUGCCCCACGAGCCCCAGGCUGGGCGACUUCAGCCUCCGGUCCCUGGGGGUUUUCACCUUGGGCGCUGCCAGGAUUCCCACAUCCGGGUCCUCAUGCAUACGGGUACGGUAUGAUGCCGAUGAUGCCACCUCCGGGCUAUUGUCCUCCAUGGCUGUCUCCGCACAACCCCUUCCCCACCUUCGCUCCGCGAGAGGCCUUCCCAUGGGGCCAGGCACCAGCGCCUGAGGCACCCGUGGCCCCGGAGCCUGCGGUUCCUACAGUUUCUGCGGCACCACCUGCGGCCAUGUGGGCGUUGAGGAUGGUGGAUGACUCGUUCAAAGACCAGAUUGAACUUCUUCGGCAGGCAGCUCAGCGACAUCGCAGCCUGUUGGAAAAGAGCAGCGGGCCUUCGACAGAGGCUGCAAAGACCAGGGGAGCUGACGAAGUCGGAGUCUAA